AACCUCUCCCAUUUGUGUUUCAGAAGGUAAAGUAUGAAUCAACUCAAAAUUCUCCAUCGGAGGAGAAGUGGAGAACCCUCUCGAUCACUCAGGAUCUUCACCAUGCCGUCAAGAAUGUCUCCGGUGAGCUUUACUUCAAGGACGUCCAAUUCCUUAUACAAUUAACUAACUCAUUCAGAAUAUUGCACAAGAUAAUGGGUAUAUAGUGAAGAGCCUUGUGCCCAUUGUGAUGUUGGCCGGGUAUAUAGUUCCUGAGUGGGUGGAGGAAAAGCCAACGCUAUCUGACAUAAAACAGAUAUAUGGUUCUGCUACAGCCUUUCCAGUUUCCACCCACAGCACUAAUCUUACCUCUAAAACCUGACAAGGUGAAACAAGUGAAGGAGCCGCUAUCUAGCAUAGACCCUGAGGUUCUAUUGUUUCUUUCAAAGAUUAGGCAUUUAACAGUCAGGGAAGAUAAAGAGGACCUGAAGCUCAACACUGUAACCGCAAUUGAUAUUAUUAGCUAGUGAGACUGAUUUUGUGAUGAAGAAAAACAGAGAUGCUCUAUCCAUAUUUCUGCUAAAGGAGAUAAUGACAAUGCUGCUGAGAGAGAGUGCAGUCAUUAUAUGUGGAAACAAAAGUUCCCUGUUGGGAAGAAAUUCAGAAUUGUGAGGAGAUUGGAGGUUGAUGAGUGGGGGAUCACCGUACUCUGGCAUUUCCAAAUGGAGAUCGACUUCAUAGAGGAAUGAACUCUGUAUUCUUUCCCACGCAAAUAGUGACAAACUUUCCCUUCAUUAUUCAAGCAGAAUUUCUACUUACAUCAUCGAGAGAAACAAUUCUCCUGGACAACAAGUGGAAUCAGGGUAUUCUCAAGUGUGUGGCCACUGCAUUUACCUCUCUUGUGACAAAGGUACAAGGUGCACUGUUAUCAAGUUUGCCUAUUAUGUUCAGGUUCUUGCCUGUUCAGAGUUCUUCCUAUGAAGAAUUGAAUGCUGUGUGAGGCACUCCAUUAGAGAAAAGCUGGUCGAAGAGGACAUUGUACCGAAUGAGCCGCAGAUGGGGCACAUUUUGUUUCAUAAGCCUCGCGAAGUGGGUCAGUUAAUGCCAGUUUUUUGGAGUAUUUUGAGGAAGGAGAAGGAUGAAGGAGUAAGUUUGAGUCUCUCUUCGCAUGGAAGAUUUGUUUUGCCUUCUUCAUUUGACAAUUGACAUAGAGGAGUAUGAUCAGAUGCUGAGUUUCAUAGGAGUCAAACUUCUCGGCAAUGAUUGGUAUGCUAAAUGCAUUAAGAGUUCGAAUCUUGUAGUUGGAGUGAAAGAAGAUGCCUAUUUGGAGCUUCUACUGUUCUUUGUUGAUAACUGGCAGUUCCAUUUUCACAGCACUGAUAUCAUGAACAUGCCACUAAUAAAGUAUGUGGAUGAUGAUUCAUGACGGGUGUGUAUCUUUGUGCAGCUUAAGUGAAAUGGAGACUGGUGCAAGGGAGGUUGCACUACCCUCUCAUUCCCAUAUCUCAUUGCUGAUGAACUGGGAGAAAGGAUCUAAACCUCUGGAAAAUCAUUAUUCAAUGCCCAAAAGCAUCCAGGGAGCAAUUCAAUCAUCUCCUAUGAAGAAGAAUUUUGGUAAAAUGGCUCGGGGAACGCAGCUUUAAAUCACUAAAGGUUAUUUCAUAUAUUGUAUUUCACUUGAUUGUUUGCUUCUUCGUUUACUCUACUUUAUAUGCUGAUUUAUCUAGUACUAAGGUGAUCAAAAGUCUUCGAAUCAAAGUCAGCAGUAAAAUCAGCGUCUACUGCUCACAAGUACGGGUAACGUAUUUGCUUAUCAUACAAGUCUCGCUAUUACUGCUCUAUUGGAUUCUUUCACCUGCCUUUGCAAAGCUAAGGAAAUGGCGAUGAUGACACUGAGAGAGCACAUAGACUUCUAACUAGAAUGCUUUCUGUGCACUAAUUUUCUUCUACAAUGUAAACAUAUUGGAGAAGCGGAGAAUGUGUAGUAACAACCUUACGUUGAAUUAUGUCUCUGAUGCUUAACCGAAUCAGAAUGGUUAUAUUUCAAUUGAAGCAAGCAGAAUGCAGAAGAUAAUUAGUCAGACUGGGGUGAUAAGUGCUGCAAUAUGCUCAGCAGCACUAGUUAGUUAGUCAAUUAAACCUUCAGCCAUAUGAAGGCCAUUCACUGCAUUGUUGCCGUGCAAUGUCAUUGGUUAACAUAAUUAUUGACGGUGAAGUUAACGGUUGGCCUAGAAAAGGAAAAUCGAAAGGUAUAGGGAUACAAUAUGAAAUUGGAAAACUGAGUGCAAGACUGACGAAUGGUGCACCCAACCUAUUUAACUUUCAAAUAAGUGUAAGAGUUGAAAGGGUGGAAACUCGUAACUGAAAUUGUUUCUAUUCAAGUGCCAUAUUAAUGAAGCAUGCAAUUGUAACACAGAAGAUUAGGUGGGUCUUCCUUUGGAAAGUGAAAAGACUACUUGGUAUCUGCAGAUUCUCUUCUUAAAAACUACAGAAAGACUAGACUUUUCGGUAUCAGCAGGGUUUAAUUAAGCUCAUGCACGCAUGCAUUAAUUGAAACUUGUCCAGCAGUAACUUCUCAUCAUCUCUCAAAGAUAUAUAAGCAGCACCAUCAGUCCCACAAAACUCAUAGACAUCUUUCUGUUUAGUACUUUCUCACUAUCAAGAGCCAGUGUUUUUUUGCGUUGGUGAAGAGGAAGGGACUGAGAUGACUACGCCGAAAGAGCACAUAGAAGAAGGAGGAAAAAGUUUUCCAUAGGAGGGGAACUCAACCCUCUAACUGAGGAUCUUCAUCAGGCUGUUAAGAAUCUCUCAGCAGAGCUCUAUGCUAAAGACGUGCAUUUCCUGAUGGAACUCAUUCAGAACGCUGAGGACAAUGAGUAUUCGGAUGGAGUAGAUCCAUCACUUGAGUUUGUCAUAACCUCCCAGGACAUAACGGGCACGGGGGCUCCUGCUACAUUGGUGGUUUUCAAUAAUGAGAAGGGUUUCUCUGCAAAAAACGUAGACUCCAUUUGCAGUGUUGGAAGGUCCACAAAGAAAGGCAACAGGAAGCGUGGUUAUAUUGGGGAGAAAGGAAUUGGGUUCAAAAGUGUGUUUCUGAUCACGGCUCAGCCUUACAUCUUCAGUAAUGGCUAUCAGAUCAGAUUCAGAGAAGAGCCUUGUGUGCAUUGCAAUGUCGGAUACAUAGUUCCUGAAUGGGUCAAUCAGAACCCAACUCUAUCUGACAUCAAACAGAUUUAUGGUUCCAAUGUUGCCCUUCCUACCACUACACUGAUUUUACCUCUAAAGGCUGAAAAGGUCAAGCCUGUGAAACAGCAGCUCUCAAGCAUUCAUCCUGAAGUUCUCUUAUUUCUGUCAAAGAUUAAGCGGCUCUCUGUCAGGGAAGACAAUGAGGAUCCAAGGAAGAAUACAGUAACUGCAAUUGAGAUAGAAAGCCAAACUGAUUUUGUGACCAGGAAGAAUAUUGAUGCUCAAUCCUACACACUCCGUCUUUCUGCAGAAGAAAAUGAUGACAAUGAUUCCGAAAGGGAAUGCAGUUACUACAUGUGGAAACAAAAGUUUCCUGUCAGGCAGGAAUUCAGAGUUGAGAGGAGAAUGGAGGUGGAUGAGUGGGUGAUCACUCUUGCAUUUCCAAAUGCAGAACGUCUUCGAAGAGCAAGGAACUCUUCGCCUGGUGUUUAUGCAUUUCUUCCCACAGAGAUGGUCACCAACUUUCCAUUCAUAAUACAGGCGGAUUUUCUUUUAUCAUCUUCAAGAGAGACAAUUCUACUUGACAACAAGUGGAAUCAAGGGAUUCUUGAGUGUGUGCCCACCGCAUUUGCCCAUGCCUUUAACUCUCUUGUGAAAACUGUGGAAGGUGCGCCAACAUCAAGUUUGGCUCCUAUGUUCAGAUUCUUGCCUGUUCAGGGUUCUUCCUAUAAAGAAUUAAAUGCUGUAAGGGAGUCAAUAAAAGCAAAGAUGGUUGACGAAGACAUUAUACCAGUUGAGCCUGAGAUGGAGCAGAGGUUCUUCCACAAGCCUGGUGAAGUGGGAAGAUUAAUGCCUGCCUUUUGGACUAUUUUGAGGAAGGCGAGGGUUCAAGGUGUAAGCAUGAUUAAGCUUUCAUCACAUGGAAGAUUUGUUCUGUCUUAUUCCUUUGACAGCAAGGAAUAUGAUCCUACACUAAGUUUCCUUGGAGUUGAACCAGUGAAUGAUGACUGGUAUGUUAAAUGCAUACAGGGUACUUCCAAUCUUGUUGAUGGAGUGUCAGAAGAUGUGUACUUAGAGCUUCUACUGUUUAUUGCUGACAAUUGGGGUUCUAAAUUUGGUUACACCAACAUGAAAGACAUACCAUUGAUAAAAUAUGCAGACUAUGGAAAUGAAUCUUUGUGCAGCAUAAGCCAAAUCCAGAAAGGUGAAUGUAGAGUUUUCUUAUCGAGCAAAUGUUCUCGUGUUUCAUGGCUGAUUGAUUGCAACCGGGAAUUUAAUUCUGUGACUCGUCUUCUCUUUAUGCCAAAAGCCACUCAGGAAGCCAUCUGGGCAUGCUCUGGGAAGGAUACAUUGAAGAAAUGGCUAGCUGAUCAAGCAAAGGUUGGUUCUGUUGAUGUCAAUCAAUAUGCAGUUGAUCUCCUUCAGAAUUCUCUUAAUGAGCGGAAGCUUGUUAUUGCAUAUGUUCAUUUCUUAUAUCACUCCUUGGAUAAUGAUUUCAUCUCAAGUCGGGAAGUUGACUGUUUAUGUGGAAGUAUGCCACUAGUGGAUAGCUAUGGGAACAUUAACAGGAGUAGGAAAGGGGUUGUUGUUCCUGCCAAUGGAAGCAAAUGGGCGGGACUGACUGAUUCUAAUUUGUGGAGAAAAGAAGGCUAUGUUGAAUUAGGAGAGCUUUAUAUGUAUUCUGGCAAAUUUGCUGGUAAGUUUACACCGAAGAAGAAGCUUCUUGAGUUCCUUAUAAAAUAUGCUGCUGCUUUGGAUGUCCCUCAUAUUUCUGCUCCAAGUGAUGGUAUCUCAUCUGUAUCUGCACCACUAACUAAGCAGAAUGCCUUUUUGCUUUUGGAUUGGAUUCGUCAACUGAAUUAUAAAAGGGUUGGCAUCCCUCAGAAGUUCUUGGCUUGCAUAAAGGAAGGUAGUUGGCUGAAAGUUACUUUGAAUGGCUCUCCUGGUUAUAGGCCACCAUCCCAGUCAUUUCUGCUUAACUCAUCAUGGGGAAAUACUUUGCAGAAUGGAUCCGUCUCUGUUGACAUUCCAUUGAUUGAUACGAGCUUUUAUGGUGAGAGCAUGAGUGGAUACAAGGAGGAGCUAAAGACAAUUGGGGUCAUGUUUGAAUAUAGCGAAGCAUGUGAUUUCAUUGGGAAGCAUUUCAUGUCUCUGGCAGCUUCAUCCUCUUUAACUAGAGGAAAUGUGCAUUCCAUUCUGCGUUUCAUCAGGUUUUUAAGGGACAAACUUCUUUCUCCGGCCGAUUUUAUCUCUGCUAUUAAGAAAGGGAACUGGCUGAAGACUUCCGUUGGCUACAGGUCUCCUGUAGGAUCUGUUUUGUCAGAUAAGGAGUGGAAUGUUGCCUCCAAAAUUAGCAACAUUCCCUUCAUUGAUCAGGACUUUUAUGGUGAUGAAAUCUGUAAUUUCAGAACUGAACUUGAGUUGCUCGGUGUUGUAAUCUCCUUCAACCACCAACUUAUAAUUGACAACCUGAAGUCACCAUCUUCCAUAACUUCUUGGACACCUCAGGUUGUCAUCUUAAUGCUCAACUGUAUGGCUCUAUCCAAGUCAUCUGAUAAACUUGUCAAUGCAUUGAAAGGAGCCAAGUGGCUGAAGACAAGUAUUGGGUACAAGUGUCCAGGGGAAUGUCUCUUGUUUCAUCACGAAUGGGGUUGCAUUCUUCAGGUCGUCAAUGGUCUUCCUGUGAUUGAUCAUGAAUUCUAUGGGAGCAACAUUUUCCUGUACAUAAAUGAACUGAAAAAAAUUGGUGUGGUGGUUGAUUUUGAAGGGGCUGCAAAAGUAUUUGCUCGAUAUUUCAGGCACUAUGCAUCAUCAGCUUCCAUCACCAAGGAAAAUGUUGCAUCAUUGCUUCUGUGUUACAGAGCGCUGAAUGGGACUCAAUAUAAAUUUCCUGCUGAUCUUAGGAGCUGCAUUGGUGAGGUCAAGUGGUUGCGUAGUCGUUUUGGUGAUUACAGAUGUCCAAGGGAGUGCAUUCUCUUUAGUCCCGAGUGGGAAUCUAUAUCCCCAAUAACUCUUCUUCCUUUCAUUGAUGAUUCUGACAGCUACUAUGGAAAGGGCAUACAUGAGUACAGAAAAGAGCUGAAGAGCUUGGGGGUUGUCGUCGAAUACAAGGAGCGAGUUAAGUUUGUGGCUACUGGUCUUUAUCUCCCUAGGGAUGCCAGCCGUAUUUUUCCUGUAAAUGCACUUGCGUUGCUGGAAUGCAUACGAGUUUUCCAGGAGAAAGGUUACGCCUUUCUUGAUAAUUCUGAUUUCAUGAAGAAAGUUUCUCAACCAUGGAUAAAGACUCAUGCUGGUUAUAGGUCUCCCAAAGAGUCUUUGUUGUUUGAUUCCAAGUUUGGCUUAUAUUUGAAGCGGACUGAUGGGCCUUUCAUUGAUGAAGAAUUCUAUGGUACUAAGAUUGCUUCUUACAAAAAAGAGCUUUCUGCAUUGGGGGUUAUUGUUGAAGCUGAGAAAGGAUGUCCCCUGAUUGCCAGCCACCUUGAUGUUCAUUAUGAGAUUGAAGCAUUUGUUCGGCUGUAUAAUUACUUGAGUGCAUUCAAGUGGGAACCAGACACUGAUGCUGCUCGAAGGAUCUGGAUUCCAAAAGGGGAGUGGGUUUGUCCUGAUGAUUGUGUUAUUCAUGACAAGGAUGGGCUAUUUGGUUUGCAGCUGACUGUUUUGGAGAAACAUUAUGAGCAUAAACUUCUAUUUUUCUUCUCCAGUGCGUUUAGAGUUAAAUCUCAUCCUUCAGUUGAUGAUUACUUGAAGGUUUGGAAGGUUUGGGAAAGUUCUGGAAGUGCAUUGUCGCAUGCUGAUUGUUGCAAGUUUUGGAGUUAUAUCUCGAAGCACUGGAAUUCAAAGACAGAAAAGAUUGUUUCUGAUGCCUUGGUGAAAGUACCUGUCAGUUCUGGAUCUGAAGGAAUCUUGCUGUGUAACAAGUCUGAUGUUUUCAUUGCUGAUGACCUUCAACUGAAGUAUCUAUUCGAACAGUCUUCUCCUGAGUCUAUUUUUGUUUGGUACCCUCAGCCAAGUUUGCCUUCCAUUCCAAGAUCCAAGUUGCUUGACAUUUAUCGAAGAAUUGGUGUUCGCACUAUAUCUGAAUCUGUACAGAAGGAAGAGGCGUCACUUGCAGAUGAUGUUGAAGUAGUCUCUUUGCCGAGGGAAAAGCUGAUUAAGAAAGCGCUGUUCAGGCUGAUUCUUGGUUUUCUUGCUGCUCCUCCCAUGGAAAUGGAAGCUGAGAAGAGGCUUGAAGCUGUUCAAUUCCUUGUGAAUGUUACUGUGGUGGUAACAGCUGAACCGAUCUCUGUAAGCUAUAAUUUACCUUUAUCUUCUGGGAAAGUUUUGAAUGUGAGAGGAAGCCGAAAAAUACGUUUUGAUAGAGAAAAUUCAAAGAUCUUCACUCGGAAAAUGGACAAGUCUGGAGGGCAGAAGAGUAUGAUUGAGUUUGCUACUUUUUUCUCUGAAGCGAUAUCUGAGAGUGUGUUAUGGGAGAGCGCUGAUCAUAUAGAUUCACUCUCUGAGCUGAUCAAGAUGGCUUCUUUGCUAGACUUCAAUGAGGAAGCAGUUGAUUUCUUGAUGAAGUCCAAGAAUUUGCAAAUCUUCAUGGAGGAUGAGGAGUUUCUUAGGACUGUCUAGCUACCCUCUUGGCCAGUUAUGUGGUUACAAUAACAUGGAUCCUGAUGGUCUAUCAGUUGAUUCUUUGAAGUUUCAUUUUGCUUUCGUCGUUGGCUUUUCUUUCUGUUGAAUUUUCCUUCUUGUUCUGGACAAGUGAUGCUUUCGUUUGUGCUGUCAAUAAAUAUUUGAGCUCAAUAAAAUGUGCUGUUUCAUCGGAUAUAUUCAG